AUGACCGAACUGAGGAUCGGCAUACUCCUGCUCCAGGAGACGCACCUAACGAGCGAAAGAAGAGCUCACCUGCACAGGAUGUUCGCCGACCGCGUGAAGAUCUUUGCGUCGGAGCACCCGACGGCGCCGACACAGAGAGAAGGAGUGGCGAUUGUGCUAAACAAGAAACUGAUCAGCGCGAAAGGCGUCACGAUGAAAGAGAUCAUACCUGGACGAGCGAUACAAGUGGCUGUCCCGUGGAGGGGAGGUGACGUGCGAGAGAUCCUGUGCGUGUACGCGCCGACGACGGAAGGAGCACUGGAGCGGCGAGACUUCUUCAUUGAGCUGAAAGAGUUCUAUGAGCGGCACUCAACACACCCGAAACCGCACCUCAUGGCAGGCGACUUCAACAACGUCGAGGAUGCGCUCGACCGUGUCCCGGUGCCCGCUGACGGCAGAGACGCCUCAGUCGAAGCCCUGGAUGACCUGAAAGCGUCGCUAGGCCUCAUGAUGACGGAUGGCUGGCGAGCUACAAACCCAACGGAGAGGGGCUUCACCUUCCAGCGCGGAGCGGGCCAGAACCUGUCGAUGUCCAGACUAGAUAGGAUGUACAUCCGCGGGGAGGAGCUGAAGUGGGCGAGGGAGUGGUCGAUAACCCCGGUAGGAGUAAAAACGGACCACUGUCUGGUCUCGGUGCUCCUGACGACCCCCCACACGCCGGCGGUGGGCAAGGGCCGGCCGGUGUUCCCAUUGUUCCUCCUCCCCGACAAGAAGCUCAAGGUGAAGAUGAAGGAGAGAGGGAUAGAGGCGAUCCGUGAGUUGGAAGACAUAGCUCGCCAAGGACGGACGGCGGCGCACAACCCGCAGCUGGUCCUGGCCAGGUUGAAGAAAGACUGGCUGGAGUCGGCGAGGCAGCGAGAGAAAGCGAUUGUCCCGACCCUCACGAAGGAAAUAGAG